AUGAUUCAAAGUCCAAUAGAAACAAAAAGAAAGGGUAAAUAUUGUAAUUAUAUUUGUUGUCGAUGUUCACUCGUCUCUUUAUUACUGUUGCUACUUAUUCUUGUUGGUAUUAUUGGCGUGAUCGUUGCUGCAGUCGUUGUUCCCUUGAUCAUAAUAUCAAAAGAGUCAACAGCAAAAGCAACAACAACAACAUUUACAUCGACAGUGAUAACAACAACAAUAACAAUAACAACAGCAACUACAACAACAACUACCACAAUAACGACAGUGACUACAACAACAGCAUCCACGUCAACAACAACAACAACGUCCACAUCAGUAACAACAACAACAACUUCAUGCUAUAGAUUCUUGGCACAAACCACCUAUUCAGUUAGCUCUAACCCGAAUUCUGUGGCAGCAGCCGAUGUCAAUGGGGAUGGCUACGACGACAUUAUUGUCGCAAAUCAAGGCGCAAACAGCACCGGUGUUCUUUUGAAUAAAGGCAACGGCACGUUUGCGGCUCAAGUAACCUAUUCAACUGAUUCGAAUCCGGUUUAUGUGACAACAGCCGAUGUCAAUGGAGACGGCUACAAAGACAUUAUUGCUGCAAAUCAAGGUGCAAACAACAUUGGUGUUCUUCUGAAUAGAGGCAACGGCACGUUUUCUACUCAAGUAACCUAUUCAACUGGCAGUAGUUCUGCUCCAUAUUGUGUAGCAGCAGCCGAUGUCAAUGGAGACGGUAAACCUGAUAUUAUUGUAGCAAACAGUAAUACAAAUAAAGUUGGUGUUCUCCUCAACAAUGGGAAUGGCACGUUUGCUGCUCAGGUGACUUAUUCAAGUGGCUCUUACCCACUUUCUGUAGCAGCAGCCGAUGUCAAUGGAGACGGUAGCGUCGAUAUUAUUGUGGCAAACUUUGGUGCGAACAAUGUCGGUGUUCUCCUGAACAGAGGCAAUGGCACAUUUGCCGCACAAGUGACAUACUUAGCUAGCAGUUUCCCAUGUUCGCUGGUAGCUGCCGAUGUCAAUGGUGACAGCAAUAUCGACAUUAUUGUCUCAAAUCAAGGUGCAAAUAACAUCGGUGUUCUCCUGAACACAGGCAAUGGCACAUUUGCUACUCAAGUAACCUAUUCAACUGGCAGCAGCUCUGCUCCAUAUUCUGUGGCAACUGCCGAUGUCAAUGGAGAUAGUUAUGUCGAUGUUAUUGCCGCGAACUCAGGCUUGGGCAACGUCGGUGUUUUUCUGAAUAGAGGCAAUGGCACGUUUGCUACUCAAGUAAUCUAUUCAACCGGCAGUGGCUCUGGUCCAUUUUUUGUAGUAGCUGAUGAUGUUAAUGGAGGUGGCAAAGCCGAUAUCAUUGUCGCCAACCACAAUGCAAACAACGUUGGCGUCAUCUUAAAUGAUUGCAACUGA